AUGAAGCUGUGCGAGGUCAGAGGCAGAGUUGGGCGAGGCGAUGACACCUGCCUCUUGCUUCUCAGCCAGCCAGCGCACGCCAUCAAAUUCGCAUUACAAGCCAGUCGAUUUCCAGCAGCUAAAUGCAUAUGGAACGCAGCGCAUCCCGGCGCGCUGGUCAUCGUGACAGCAAAUAUCGGUCCAGGGGAACACCAGCGCGUGGACAUUGAAAUCCUGGACUCGGGCCAGCAGCGGAACGUCUACUUGAGCAAGAAGAACAUCAGCGGAGAGAAGCGGUUCGCUAUAACAUCACACUCUGAGGAGGACGUUGGAGUAUGUUUCAGGAAUUACUUGGAGCCAGAAGCCAAGCCGCGCUCACGCGUCAUUGACCUGGACAUCGACAUCGGCGCUGACGCAGUAGACUACAAUGCCAUUGCAAAUCAAGAGUCAUUAUCCGGGCUCGAGACCGAGAUGCGCAAGCUGGAAGGCGUCGUAAAAGAGGUAGUUGAUGAGUUGGACUACCUCAAGGCACGUGAGGAGCGAUUUCAGUCUACAAACAUGUCAACGAACGUGCGAGUGCAGAGCUUCGCGUGGUUCACUAUCUUCUCCCUCAUCGGGCUGGGGCUGUGGCAGAUUUUCCACUUGCGGGCGUUCUUCAAGCGGAAAUACCUCAUCGACUGA